GUGUCAUAUUUUGUAUUUCUGCAGGGAGACGAGCUGCUACAAAGCAGCGUCAGAUAAGAUAAGGUGGGAGGAAAGACUGUGUGAGAAGAACUCUUUGUCCUCCAAAACAAAGACAACAAUAGUCUGUUUCCUUCUAAACAAGUGGGAUUUGCUCUCUGCUCCUUCUGUCUGGGGCCCUGUGUGCAGAGAUUUUGCCUCUUUAAGGACACUUCUGCUGUCAGAUUGUGUUGUUUGCAUUUAUUCAUCUAUUGGUCGGUGGGAUAAAGAGACAAAGCAGCAGCUGUGGACACGCUGUGACCUGCUCAAGAUCUGCUUAUGAGUGUUUAUGGGCUUACAGCUAGGGAUGACAUCGACCAGUGAGGUGAUGCAAUGUGGUGAAAGCUGUCACGUUUGAUUUACAACUGUGAUUUAUAAGUGAGACCCUGUUUGGCGCAUCUGUAGGAGGAGGCAGCAGGCUGGGAUCACUGCCGAGGCCUUAGUAAACAAACACAUCCAGCCACUGACGUGUUUCUGCCGGUAGAUGCUCCUUUCUCUGACGCUCUUCCUGUGGAAGCUCUAUCGACAUUUCUUCAUCAUGUUCAGCUCAGACAGGCUCACUGUCCCGGAAUAUGUCAGCCGGCUGCAGAGAGGGAGGAGCGGCUCCGGCUGCGAGCCCAAAGCGGUCUCUCCGGGAAUCAGUGCCGACGUCCGGGCGAUCCUGGACGGCUCGCUCCCCGCCCUGCGCUCCGCCAUCAGGAGGCUCAAGUCCUCCAAGGACACCUCUGAUUCAGACGAGACCCGCAGGGCCAUCGCGGAGCUCUACCAGCUGGUGGAGGAGGCCUGGGUUCUGCCCACUGUAGGCCGUCAGGUGGCCGAGGAGAUCUGCAACAGGAUCCGGCUGGAUGGAGGCCUGGAGCUGCUGCUGCAGCUUCAGCAGACACCUGCUGUGGAGAUCACCUAUGAGUCUGCAAAACUGCUGGAGCAGAUACUGAUCUCUGAGAACAGAGAUUAUGUGGCCCGUAUGGGUCUUGGGGUCGUCCUCAACCUGACUCGACAUCAGGAAGAUGCACAGCUGGCUCGCAGUGUCUCUGGGAUCCUGGAGCACAUGUUCAAACACACAGAGGAGACGUCUUUCCGGCUCAUCUCUGACGGCGCCCUGGACGCCCUGCUCUUCUGGUGCCGAGGCACAGACCCCACUGUGCUGCGUCACUGCGCUGUGGCACUCGCAAACUGCGCCAUGUACGGAGGCCACCGCUGCCAACGAUGGAUGAUCGAGAAACAGGCGGCUGAGUGGCUCUUCCCACUGGCCUUUUCCAAAGAGGAUGAACUCAUACGCUUCCACGCGUGUCUGGCUGUGACGGUGUUGGCUGCGAACCGAGAAAUCGAGAAAGAGGUGGUGAAAUCUGGAACCCUGGAGCUGGUGGAGCCGUUCAUUGCGUCUUUGGAUCCGGAUGACUUUGCCAGAAGUUUGUUGGACAGUGCAGACUGCAUGCAGGGUAGGACAGCAGCUGACCUGCAGCAUCUUUUACCUUUACUGGAUGGCACAAGGGUGGAGGGAAAGUGCAUUGCAGCCUUUUACCUUUGUGUUGAGGCCAGCAUCAAGUCUCGUCAGCGCAACACUAAGAUAUUUCAAGAGAUUGGAGCGGUGCAGAGCCUAAAAAGAAUCGUCAUGUACUCCAGUAAUGGCACGUCAUGUUCGCUCGCCAAGCGGGCACUGAGCAUGAUGGGGGAGGAAGUGCCGAAACGUAUCCUGCCGUGUGUGCCCAACUGGAAAACCUGUGAGGUGCAGACCUGGCUGCAGCAGGUUGGCUUCAGUGCCUAUUGUGACCGUUUCCAGGACCUCCAGGUGGAUGGAGAUCUCCUGCUGACCAUCACAGACCAGGAACUGAGCACCGAUCUGGGCAUGACUGCGAGCCUCACGCGCAAGAGGUUUUUGAGAGACUUGCGUGUGUUGAAGACUUAUGCCAACUACUCCACAUGUGACCCCAACAACAUGGCUGACUGGUUAGCCCAAGUUGAACUUAAUUUCCGUCAGUACACAUACGGCCUGGUGCAGUCAGGAGUGGAUCUCAACAACGUCCAGAGCCUGACGGAUGUGCAGCUCCAGAACGACUGCCACAUACUCAACGGAGUCCACAGAGCCAAGAUACUUUUUGCAAACCGCAGGCCCUUUAAACCGUGCUACACAGACGCCCAGCCUGCAGGGCCCGAUGUGUUCAUCAGCUACCGUCGGACUACUGGCUCUCAGCUGGCCAGCCUUCUGAAGGUGCACCUGCAGGUUCGAGGAUACAGCGUCUUCAUAGAUGUGGAGAAGCUGGAGGCCGGUAAAUUUGAGGACAAACUGAUCCAGAGUGUGCAGCGGGCCCGCAACUUCAUCCUGGUCCUGUCUGCCAAUGCUCUCGACAAGUGCAUGGGUGACACUGACAUGAAGGACUGGGUGCAUAAGGAGAUAGUCACGGCCUUGGCUGGUAAGAAGAACAUAGUUCCUGUCACAGAUAACUUCAUGUGGCCCGACCCCUUGUCUCUGCCGGAGGACAUGAGGCCAAUUCUCAAGUUUAAUGGCAUCAAAUGGUCCCACGAAUAUCAGGAGGCGACGAUCGAGAAGAUCCUGCGCUUUCUGAAAGAGCACCAGGACCAAACUGAUGGUACGGACGCUGCCAAAGGGCAGAAAAAGAAAUAAACAGUUUGACCUCAGCUGUAAUAACUUUAAAUGAUGCCAAAUUCAACAUGGCCGACGGUGAACAGGCCGGCAGCUUUCCCUGCUCUGCUCAAAUGCAUGUGAACUGUGUUCGUUUGGCUUACAUGCUCACACAAAGACCGGAUAUAAAUUGACCCGAUAUACUGCAAAGAGUAAAUGAAUAUUUAAAGGAGGUUUCAGAUUGUAUAUAAUUAACUGUAAGCCUUUAAUGACAGCACCCUCAUACUGCUGUAUAUGUGUAGUCAGGUACAGUAUACGCCUUCUGUCUCUCAGGAAAAUAACUGUGAUAGAUCAGCCGUCAUUGGCGUCCCAGCAUAAUCAAACAGCAAAUACUGAAACAUCCACUAAUCACAAAAGUUUUAUGCAAUCAUCUUCUGUUUAACUCAUAACUCAUAACUUACAGGACCAAAGCAGGGUCUGAUUAGACUGACAUUUAUGUGUUUAUGUUCGGGUUGUGAUAGAAAAGAAUUGAGUUGAAUUGUUUGUGAUGAGAGUAUCACAGUGGGCAUAAUCUAAGCUGGAGGCAUGAUAUAAUGUACAGAAAUAAACAACAUGCUGUAUAACUGCACUCCUAAUUUAACCAAAAACAGAUUUAAGGAGUGUUCAGGCAACUAAAACUAUCCAUGUGGUAUUAAGCGUUUCCUUCCCUCUGUAUGAGUAACUUUGAAUUGAUGUACAUGACUUUAGUCUAAAGAACAAUGUUGACUCCUUCAAUGAAAAUGAUCCAAUCUGUGUUGCAGUGUCUUGUAAACAUCUGUUCUAACAUAGUGUAAUGCAUUAAACUUUAAUUUAACACC